AUAAGGUCACUUUGCUCGGCCCUGUGCUCGGAAGUUUGCCUCUUUUUUAGUACUUCCUUUGUGGUCUCAGCAGAUUCAAUUCGUACUAAGUUUGAAAAUUUAUCUCAAAUGGCCGAUGAAGCAAACAAAACUGCGUUUCUUGAGAUUCAAAGUCGAAUGAUAGAGAUUACUGGAAAAUUGAAACAGGUGCAGAACCAAUUGCGUAACAAAGAGGGAGACAAGAAACGUGCUUACCUAACUUUGGAGGAGCUGCGACAAUUAUCUGAUGAUACAGAUACAUACAAAUCCAUUGGAAGAACAUUUGUUUUAGAACCAAAAUCGGUCUUGGUGAAUGAGCAGGAGCAGAAACUUAAUGAUAGUGAGACUGCCAUUGCUUCAUUACAGACUUCAAAGGAAUACUUGGAGAAGCAGUUGGCAGAGGUGGAGAACAACCUAAGGGAACUGUUACAGCAGGAUCCUGGGCUUGCUCGUCUGAUAAUGUCAAUGACUGUGAUGUGAGUUGUCUGAGUCAUCUCAUUAUUUGGUGUUCUUUUUCGUGUUUAAAACAAUAAUUCAGUUAUUUCGAUACAAUGUAUUGUGGUAUGUUGUAAAAUUCUAGAUGAGAGAUGCUGGUUUUCACCA